GCAGCCGGGACCCGAGCAGCGGCACCGCAGUAUGAAUAGAAAAUUCAGUUCUGUGAACUGAGUUCUUCUAUAAUGCCGGAUCAGGAUGAGAAAGGGAAAAAAACAGAAAAAGUUUCUGAAAAGAAAAGUCAAGGAGCAGCUUCAAGUUAUAGGAAAUGUUCUGACGUCAAAAGACUUUGGUCCCUCUUAAAUGUGCAGGCUAGCAAACAGCAGCUUCCUGCUUUGAGAACUACCAGCACGUCUAAGACUCAGCAGAAAUUUGGGAAGAACCAGCCAUCUAAAAAUCAUUGGCAAGAAUCAACUGAAUCUGUAGAACUUGAAAAAUUUAGUAUUAAUUACAAAAAUGAAAGAAAUUUUAGCCAGCACCCACAGCAUAAUUUAUUCCUCGACAUAUUCAUGGCACUGAUUAAGAACAGGCUUGGAUGCAGAGAAUGGAUUGACAGAUCUCCGUCUGUUCAUUUGUUGCGAGUAUUGAUCUGUUUGAGAUUAUUAAUCCGGGACCCAUUUUAUCAGGGGGUACUUCAUCAAAUUAAUGGAGUGGACAUUCUUGCACAGUACAUGCAGACAACAUGUAACACGUACCUUUCGUCUGGAGAAGAUGAAUUUAAUAUUGACAAGCUGGUCAAUAUGACUUAUAUCUUUCAAAAACUUGCAGCUGUCAAAGACCAAAGAGAAUGGUUGAUAGAAAGUGGAGCACACAAAACCCUUGUGAAACUCUUAGCUGCAAGAGACAGUAACGUUUUAGUAGGUGCCCUCCUUGCUCUUACAAGUUUGGCUGAAAGUCCAGAAUGCAGAACUUCUAUUAGUGAGCUCAGUAUCGUAGAAAGUCUGAUGAUGAUACUGCAAGAAUAUGAUCUGCUCUCCAAAAGACUUUCAGCAGAGCUCCUACGCCUUCUGUGUUCAGAGUCUGACGUAAAGGAACAAGUGAAGAUUUACGACGGUGUUCCUACUUUGCUUAGUUUGCUCCACUCUGACCACCUCAAGCUGCUAUGGAGCGUUGUCUGGAUAUUGGUUCAGAUCUGUGAAGACCCAGAAAUCUGUGUGGAAAUUCGGACAUGGGGAGGAAUCAAACAGCUGCUCCAUAUUUUGAAAGGAGAACAGUAUCUAGUUUCUGAUCGUUCCUCCAUCGGGAGCUUGUCAAGUGCAAAUGCUGCAGGCCGGAUUCAACAUCUUUAUUUAUCUGAAGAUUUGAGCCCAAGAGAAAUACAAGAAAAUACCCUUUCACUCCAAGCAGCAUGCUGUGCAGCACUUACCGAACUUGUGCUCAAUGACACAAAUGCUCAUCAAGUAGUCCAGGAGAAUGGUGUUUAUAUUAUCGGGAUGCUGAUUUUACCAAGCAGACAACAUGACUGUAUUAAAAACAAAUUUACAAUGUUACAGUGUUAUGCGUUCAGAGCAUUAAGAUUUCUCUUUAGCAUGGAAAGAAACCGAGAUCUGUUCAAAAGGUUUUUUCCACCAGAUUUGUUUGAGAUGUUUAUAGAUAUUGGACAUUAUAUUCGAGAGAUCAGUGCCUAUGAAGACCUUGUAUCUAAAUUAAAUGCUUUACCAGAAGAUGAACUGAAACAAGUCGCUGAUAGUAUUGAAGGCAUCAAUCAAAAUAAAGCACCUACAAAAUUUAUCGGAAACUAUGCAAUUUUAGACCACCUUGGGAGUGGAGCAUUUGGAAGUGUAUAUAAGGUCAAGAAGCGCAGUGGACAGAUUCUCUUUGCAAUGAAAGAAAUUAAUUUACACAACCCAGCGUUUGGUAAAGACAAAAGAGACCGAGAUAGCAGUGCUGAGAACAUUGUGUCUGAACUAACAAUAAUCAGAGAGCAGCUUUGCCAUCCCAACAUUGUGCGCUAUUAUAGGACAUUCUUAGAAAAUGACAAACUCUACAUUGUCAUGGAGCUCAUUGAAGGGGCACCACUGGGCGAACAUUUAAAGUCUCUUAAGGAGAAAAAACAUCAAUUCACAGAAGAGCGGCUUUGGCAUAUUUUUAUACAGUUAUGCUUAGCACUAAGAUAUUUACACAAAGAUAAAAGGAUUGUUCACCGAGAUUUGUCACCAAACAACAUCAUGCUGGGAGAAAAAGAUAAAGUAACAGUCACUGACUUUGGCCUUGCCAAGCAGAAGCAAGAAAACAGCAAACUAACGUCUAUUGUUGGAACUAUUCUGUACUCCUGCCCAGAAGUGGUAAAAAGUGAACCCUAUGGAGAAAAGGCUGAUGUAUGGGCAGCAGGCUGCAUUUUCUAUCAGAUGGCAACCCUGAAUCCACCUUUCCACAGCACUAACAUGCUGUCCUUAGCGACCAAAAUAGUAGAAGCUGUGUACGUUCCAAUCCCUGAUGGAUUGUAUUCGGAAAAAGUUUCAAAUACAAUUAAAAGGUGCUUGACCUCAGAUGCAGAACUUCGCCCGGACAUAGUAGAAGUUUGCGCUUUAAUUUCAGAUGUCAUGAUGAGAUACAUGGACAGCUUAUCCUCUUGUCAGAUUGCCCUGGAGAAAAAACUGGAGAGAGAGAGAAAGCGAGCACAAAAAUAUUUCAUAGAGGCUAACAAAAAUACUGUGAAAUAUGGUCAUUGCCAUGCUUAUGACCAAUAUGAGAAAUCCAGCAUGAGCAGUAGCAGCAGUAGCAGUGGAAUAGCAAGCUGCAAGAGUGACAUUUCAGAGAGCGCUUUCAUACCCAUGGGGAUAUUGCAACCAAACAAGAGUGAUAAAGGUUCUGAUGUUUUUCUCCCGGACCAUAGCUACUCCAUAGACAACCAUGGCAAAGAUAUUUUUUCAGAACUUGAAGAUGAACUGGACACAUCUAAAAAUUCAAGCUGCUCUAACUAUUUUAAAGGGCCAACUACGGGCACACUAAAACGAAGUGUCAGCGCUUCUGGAGGAGAAAUAUCUCAAGCAAAGGAGCACACGGGUAACACAGGUUCAAAAUCAAGACCAGCUUUGCUGCCUAUUGAUCUUCUUCUGAAAGUUCCUUCACUGGUGUUCAGGUCUCAAAGUAGGAAGCUAGUGACUUCGUUAGGGGCAGAAUGGCCUGCACACAGUUUUUCUACUGUGGUUCUUCACAGUCUGAAACAUUCUGCAUCUGCAGGUAUUGCAGUGUCACAAAGAAAAGUUCGUCAAAUCAGUGAUCCUAUUCAACAAAUAUUAAUCCAGCUCCACAAAAUUAUCUACAUUACACAGCUUCCCCCUGCUCUUCAUGACAACCUGAAAAGGAGGGUUGUGGAACGAUACAAGAAAUCUCUUUUCAGUCUCCAGAGCAAUCCCUGCAACCUGAAAGCAGAAAUUCAAAAGGUUUUACAGGGGUCUCCUGAGAUUAUAGAAUUCUUUGCUGAUGACUGCCAUGGAUUGCUACAGUCGUAUGGAAAGUCACUUAUCUCUGAUGACAAGACAGGAAAUACUGGCAGCUUUGAAUUUGAUGGUGGAAUAACCUAUGAGCAAUUGCAGACAAUGAUUGAAGAGAUUUUAGAAGACAGUGGCUACUAUAAUUUAACUUCAAACAGAUACUACUCAUUCCCAGUGGGAGUCAAAAACCUUUUAACAAUAAAACGAUGAUGGCUUUCACCUUUGCAAGACUCAAUGUUACGGUGUUCAAUCCCAACUAAAAUAGUUGGCUAACCUAAAGCUUCUUAACAUAUAUGGAAGAAGAUAACGUGGACUGCAUGCUUCCCAUGGGAAAACUUCUGAAGACUUUAAGUGACUGUAUUAUCAGACGAGCUGCGCUUGUUUUGAGAUGCUUUGCAUAAUGAAAUGCUCUAUAAAUUAAAUACUAUAUCUUUUAUAUCUAAUUGUAAAGAUUUCCUGUAUAUUAGGCUUUGCCUGGUGUGAUAAUGUAUAAAAAAGCUUUACUGCAGAUUGAUGUUAUCCAAA